AUGGAAGAAAAUCAGAUGAAGCUGUUUCUUAUGGUGACACUCUGCUUUGUUCCUAUGAUUUUUAGUGACACUCAUCUUGGUGAUUUACAGAUUUUGAAUGAUUUUAGGCAAGGGUUGGAUAAUCCGGAACUCCUAAAUUGGCCUUCAGGUGAAAAUGAUCCAUGUGGUUCUUCUUGGCCCCAUGUCUACUGCAGUGGUAACAGGAUUACACAGAUUCAGGUUGCGGAAUUGGGUUUGAAAGGAACUCUACCUUCAACCUUCAACCAGCUCAAAAUGCUAUCCAAUUUAGGGCUUCAAAGGAACCAGUUCAGUGGGGCUUUGCCAUCUUUCAGUGGGCUGUCGGAGCUGAAGUCUGCUUAUUUGGAUUACAAUACCUUCGACACCAUCCCUAAUGAUUUCUUCAACGGUCUCACAAAUCUAAAGGUCAUGGCUUUGGAUGAAAAUCCCUUGAAUGCCACUACUGGAUGGUCCAUUCCCAACGAUCUUAGGGAUUCAGUUCAGCUAACCAAUCUAUCCCUAAUGAGUUGCAAUUUGGUUGGCCCAAUUCCUGAUUUCCUAGGGAAUAUGUCGUCUCUUACAGCCUUGAAGCUUUCCUACAACACUCUCUCUGGUGGGAUUCCUGCAACUUUUAGCCAGUCAUUGUUGCAGAUUCUUUGGCUGAAUGAUCAGAAAGGAAGUAAGUUGUCUGGUCCAAUAGACGUAAUUGCAUCCAUGGUCUCGCUUAAAAUACUAUGGCUACAUGGAAACAGUUUCACGGGGACAAUUCCUACUAAUUUUGGAGACUUGUCAUCUUUGAGUGAUCUCAACCUCAACAAUAACCAGCUUGUGGGUCUAAUUCCUGAGAGCUUGUUGAGUUUGCCACUACAGGCAUUAGAUUUGAGCAACAACAUGCUGAUGGGUCCAAUUCCGAAGUUCAAUCUUGGUAAUGCAUCUUACCUCUCAAACUCAUUUUGUCAAUCCGUUCCUGGGCUUCCUUGUGCACCACAAGUUUCAGCACUUUUAGAUUUCCUUAGCCAUUUGAGUUUCCCUGUAAAGUUGGCUUCUUCUUGGUCUGGUAAUGAUCCUUGUCAGGGAUUAUGGUUAGGACUGAGUUGUGAUUCAAGUUCUCAGGUUUCUGCUAUAAAUUUACGCAGAUUUAACCUUAAUGGAACUUUAAGCCCUGCAGUUGCAAAGCUGGAUUCUUUAACCAUUAUUAAUCUGGGAGAAAACAGUCUAACCGGUGCAAUCCCCUCGAAUUGGACUCAAUUGAAAAAUCUAAAGUCGUUGGAUGUAAGUGGGAACAACAUUGAGCCUCCAGUACCAGUAUUUAGUGGAAGUGUAAAGGUUGUUCUAGACGGUAAUUCUCUACUGAAUUCUAAUAACUCUACAGCCUCUCCACUGCUGUCUAACUCAUCAUCGGGGAGUCAGCAUUCUCCAUCCAGCAACCUGUCUCCGCCUUCUAAUUUGGGUAGUUCAAACCACAAACCUUCUACAUCAUCGGAAGAAUCUAAACCAAGAAGUUCCAAAACAUCUAAAUUACUUGUCAUUGUGGCCCCUGUUGCUUGUUUUGCACUCUUGACUCUUCUGAUACUUCCACUAUCUGUGUACUACUUGAAAAAGAAAAAACGCACCUUUCAGGCACCGAGUUCCUUUGUGGUUCACCCCAGGGACCCAUCUGAUCAAGAAAAUACAGUUAAGAUUGUGGUCUCCAAUAACACAAAUGGAGCCUUAUCUACUCUAACAGAGAGCAGUUCUCAGGGACACAGCAGUGGAAUGGCAGAGUCUCAUGUGAUUGAGGCUGGGAACCUGAUCAUAUCAGUUCAGGUUCUUCGGAAUGUUACCAAGAAUUUUGCUCAGGAAAAUGAGCUGGGGCGUGGUGGUUUUGGGACGGUUUACAAGGGGGAAUUGGAUGAUGGUACGCAAAUAGCGGUUAAGAGGAUGGAGGCCGGCGUGAUUAGCAAUAAAGGCUUGGAUGAAUUUCAGGCUGAAAUUGCUGUUCUUUCAAAAGUCCGACACCGGCAUUUGGUGUCUCUGUUGGGGUAUUCUGUUGAAAGUAAUGAAAGGCUUUUGGUUUACGAGUUUAUGCCUCAAGGGGCAUUGAGCAAGCACCUUUUCCACUGGAAGAGUCUGAAAUUGGAGCCUCUUUCUUGGAAGAGGAGACUAAACAUUGCCUUGGAUGUUGCUAGAGGGAUGGAGUAUCUUCAUGGUCUUGCACACCAGAGCUUUAUACACAGAGAUCUAAAAUCUUCAAAUAUUCUCCUUGGUGAUGAUUAUCGAGCAAAGGUUUCUGAUUUCGGUUUGGUCAAACUGGCUGAUGGAGAUAAAUCAGUGGCGACAAGACUUGCUGGGACGUUCGGAUACCUGGCACCUGAGUAUGCUGUAACGGGUAAGAUCACCACCAAGGUCGACGUCUUCAGCUUUGGAGUGGUGUUGAUGGAACUGUUGACUGGGUUGACGGCACUUGAUGAGGACCGUCCAGAAGAGACCAGAUACUUGGCUGCAUGGUUUUGGCACAUCAAAUCAAGGAAGGAGAAAUUAAUGGCUGCCAUUGAUUCAGCUCUUAAUGUGAAUGAAGAAACGCUUGAAACCAUUUCCAUCAUUGCUGAACUAGCGGGGCAUUGCACUGCAAGGGAUCCCAACCAACGGCCUGAUAUGGGACAUGCUGUCAAUGUGCUGGUUCCACUAGUAGAAAAGUGGAAACCAUUUGAUGAUGAAAGUGAGGAAUAUUCAGGUAUUGAUUACAAUCUGCCCCUUACUCAGAUGGUCAAAGGCUGGCAAGAAGCAGAAGGUAAGGAUUACAGCUGUACGGGCCUUGAUGAUAGCAAGGGAAGUAUUCCCUCAAGGCCCAAUGGCUUUGCAGAGUCGUUCACUUCUGCUGAUGGUCGGUAAUUUGCAGGUUAAUGUCAUUCUUCGUGAUUGAUCUCUUUUGUAGGUGUGGAUUAUUAGUUUAUCUGCUUUAAGAUUUUAAUUUCAGCAGCUUCAGUGGGUUUCUCAUUUAUGGAAGAUUGAGUUUAGGAUAUGCUUAGUAUGCCUCAUUCCUAUUUCUGCAUUUUCUGUUAGUUUUCACUUUCAGUUUCUUUUUAA